GGAGGCGGAAACCUGCAGUUUUCACGAAAGUCGCCUCUUUAUAAAGUUGUCAAUUCGGUUGCGGAUGUCUCAGAGAAUAACUGAAACAGUAAUAGCACAAUUCUACAGUGCAAUAUUACGCUGGAUUGAAAUACAGAAUACAAGUAGACAGAAUUAUCUGCAAGAAGAUCAUCCGUGCGUCUAAUUGACUAUUUGGACGCAGAACAAAACGAUUUAGUGUCACUGCUGUUAUCGGUCAAAGACUCCUUACUGGAUUUUAACUUCAACACAGAGUAUAAGUUGUUCUUUGACAGUGGCAUUAACUAUUUGGACCAACUAUAGUGCCCUCCUGUCCGGAUAGGCAAGGUGAGACAUGGCAGAGAGGGUUCCUUGGUGGAGGGCCUUCAUGGUCAAAAGGAAGAGUGGUGCUAGAGAUACCACAGCAUCCCAGCCUCAGGACCAAGAACAGGACCCUUCCCACUCCCAGCCAGGCCACGCCUCAGUCUCUCAGAACCCCUUUGACAAAGCCCAGUCACCAACCCAACACCAAGAGAAGGCGCCGUUAAACAGCGACACCAACAUCUUCAUGGAUGAGACAUAUGAUGACUCUCAGCUGGAACCGGUGUUUAACGAGCAGACGUGUCGCAGGCACAUGAGAGUGUCACGGUCGGGGAGGUUCAAGGAGAAGCGCAGGGCACGCACCAGCCUCCCACUGGAUGAAGACAACCAAGAGAUGGGGAAAGAAGAUGUUCGGUGAUGAGGAGUACGGGGAUGAAGAUUUAUAUCAAAGACAGUUUUUUCAGUUUAAAUUAAUCAUGGUUUUUUUCUGAUUUGUUGUUGAUCACACCGGUACCAAUGAUGAUAUUUAGACGUUUCUCUCAGUAGGUGAUAAGUAAACAAGAUCAGAUGUGCUCUUUAGAGGGAAAAUAUUGCAGCUGUCAGUGAAAGCUGUAGUAGUUUUUUACCCAACAGUUAUACAAACAAUAACAAAAGAAUACAUGCAUGCAGAGACAAAUCCUCUAAAACAUGUAUGUUUUACUCUUGGCCUACCCGUUUUGAAAAGGUGUGGAAUGAAAUGACUGACGCUGCACCUCAUAUCCUUAUUUUAUUGAGUCUCAGAAGGGUCAGCAUCAGAAUUUAAGAUGGUUAGACCACAGAAACAAUCUUGCUUAUAAAAUCACUUGUAGAUACUGUUUAAUGCUUUGGUUUAUUAGUUAAUAUGAAUAUAAUAUUAACAUGAAGGAUUUUAUGGUAUAUAUAUUUUAUUACUUAUGAUGUAAUAUGUAUCAAUAGGUUUUAUGUCAAUUUUGAUCAUUUAGAUGGGUAUUUCAUUUUGCAGAAAACAAAAUUGAUUUAGCUGUUAUGUAAGAAGGACAUUUUUGUAAAGAUAUGCUUUAGGGCAUUUCUGCUUUAUUGUGGCCGGUACAGUGAAGAUGUACAGGAAAUGUAGGGUUAGAAAGAGAGGGGAGGACAUUUGAACCAGGGUCCCUGCAUGAAGGGUUUAGCCUGCGCGUUCUUGAACAGUGGGCCACUGCGCACCAAGAAAUGACAUUUUAAGUGGGUGAGCAAAGAUAGGUGAUUCUAGGUGAUAGUCCAUUAGCUGCUACGUCAUCAACGUGCACACUGGCAAUACGGGCUGGAAAUAAAGGUUGAAUUACUCACCUUUAAAUGCUACACAGGUUAUAGACUAUUUUAACAUUAAGGAGGAACUACAUGAAGGAUACUUUUAUUUAUUUAGCUGACUCUAUGUGUACAUCGCUUUGGAGAACAGUGUCCGCUAAAUGAGUUCAAUGUAAUGUAAAUCAUGGGAUCCUAUAGAAAAAGCAAUCGGUAGCACUUGUGACUAUUAUGGAGAUGUAUGAUGAUCCAUUAAGAUAUAUGGACAACAUGCAUUAAUGUAUCUAGGAUUCAACUAAUUAGUUAUGGCUCGGUGUGUGUAAACUCUAAUGAUGCCAAAUGAAAAAUAAAUAAAUCUGUAUUUAAGUA